UGCUGUCGCUAGGAGCUGUCCGCGGUGCUGAAACGACGAUGGUGAGCUGACUUGAAGAAAAAGAACGGCAUACCCAACGAGAAAUCGACUUAGCGAGCGUUGGAAUUGAACAGUCUCUGUCUAUCAGCUGAUAACGACAUCAGGACAUAGCUCUCAUAAGAGUGGAGCGCCCGUGCUGCGCAGUGUGCGAUCCCGAGGUCUCACGGCAAGUGGAUUUUGCAGAGCACGAGCAGUCUCUAUUUCAUUUUAAGGAAAAGUGUUGAUCCCAAGGACAUUAUUUUCUGUUAGCAGAGGACCAAUACUGAAAGGAAGCAUGAGUGCGGCACGAGAUUACAAAGUCGUUAUGAUGGUUCUCUUUGCAAUGAUGACGGACAUAGGCGCUGAAGGCUCCUAUUCUGAGGAUGGGACGUCCGUCACACAGAGGGGACAGUCUGAGGGUGGAGGCCCCAGCCCGUAUCCCAACACACGGGACACUGACAGAGGGAUCCCCCUAGUGACAACCGCCCCUCCCCUGAAUGUCCCCAACCAUCACACUCUCUACAAAGGCUUCCUCCUUCAGGAGUCCCUCCAAGGACAGCGGCAUUUCUUUGAGGACAGUGGGGGUGUGGAUACCCACCCCACUAUGCCACCAUCAGGUCCCCACUUUGCCAGAGACCCCUCCUCCACUCACACAGUGCCACACAAGGAAGCGCUGGCUUUCUCCGAUGUUGCCUCAACCACUACCACUGUGGCAACAGCCACGUCACCGUUGGCAACACAGGGUAGCUCUGUUCCAGGGGGGCGUGUCUCUGUGACUCAGAGAGGGGCGUUGACCAAUAGCAGGGGGAGGACAGAGGAAGAAGCUGAUGCCAUGGAUACCCUGACCACUCCUGUCAUGCACACCUCUGCCCUUCCUCCCCACUCAAACACCCACAACCUGCCUGCUCCUAUGGGUGACAGGCACUCUGAGGUCCCUUCCCCAUCCACCAUGACUCCCCCAGAGAAGGAUAAAGGGAAGUCAGCAGAACACAACAUGAGCCAUGCCAGUGAUGGUGCAGCGAUGGACACUUCUGCAGUAUCUGGUGAUGUGGAUGAUGAGACCACUACGACCACAACCACCACCAUCACCACCAGCCUGCCCAACCCAGUUCCCUGUAUCUUCAACCUGACAGCACCAGAGGGCUACAUAGAGACGCCCCAGCCGUCCAGCUCUCAUUACUACUCCUCUGUGGACUGCACCUACACCGUCACGGUCUACACGGGCUAUGGAGUAGAGAUACAGGUGAUGAACGUGAGCCUGUGGGAGGGGGAGAGGGUGACGUUUGAGGAAGUGGGGGGCGGGGAGCCCUCUGUUCUGGCCAACGAGUCUAUACUGUUGAAGGGCCUGGUGGUACGCAGCUGGAGCAACCAGAUCACCAUCCACUUCCACAGCCAGAGACAGGCCCAGCCUGGGUCCUUCCUGCUCAGAUACCAAGCUCCAAGGACUUCCUACCCCCUGGGGUACCACUCCAGCUCCACAGGCUUCCUGCCCCCUGGGGUACCACUCCAGCUCCACAGGCUUCCUGCCCCCUGGGGUACCACUCCAGCUCCAAGGACUUCCUGCCCCCUGGGUAGCCACAUCCAGCUCCACAGGCUUCCUGCCCCGGGGUACACUCCAGCUCCACAGGCUUCCUGCCCCCUGGGGUACCACUCCAGCUCCAAGGACUUCCUGGCCCCUGGGGUACAACUCCAGCUCCAAGGACUUCCUGCCCCACUGGGGUACCACUCCAGCUCCAGAGGCUUCCUGCCCCUGGGGUACCACUCCAGCUCCAAGGACUUCCUGGCCCCUGGGGUACAACUCCAGCUCCAAGGACUUCCUGGCCCCUGGGGUACAACUCCAGAUCCAAGGCUUCCUGCCCCCUGGGGUACCACUCCAGCUCCAAGGACUUCCUGCCCCCUGGGGUACAACUCCAGCUCCAAGGACUUCCUGCCCACUGGGGUACCAUCCCAGCUCCAAGGACUUCCUGCCCCUGGGGUACAACUCCAGCUCCAAGGACUUCCUGGCCCUGGGGUACAACUCCAGAUCCAAGGGCUUCCUGCCCCCUGGGGUACCACUCCAGCUCCAAGACUUCCUGCCCCCUGGGGUACCACUCCAGCUCCAAGGGCUUCCUGCCCCCUGGGGUACCACUCCAGCUCCAAGGACUUCCUGCCCACUGGGGUACACUCCAGCUCCAAAGGACUUCCUGCCCCCUGGGGUACAACUCCAGCUCCAAGGACUUCCUGGCCCUGGGGUACAACUCCAGAUCCAAGGGCUUCCUGCCCCCUGGGGUACCACUCCAGCUCCAAGGACUUCCUGCCCCUGGGGUACAACUCCAGCUCCAAGGACUUCCUGACCCCUGGGGUAACACACUCCAGAUCCAAGGGCUUCCUGCCCACUGGGGUACAACUCCAGAUCCAAGGGCUUCCUGCCCCCUGGGGUACAACUCCAGAUCCAAGGACUUCCUGCCCCCUGGAGUACAACUCCAGCUCCAAGGACUUCCUGCCCUCUGGGGUACAACUCCAGAUCCAAGGACUUCCUGCCCCCUGGGGUACAACUCCAGCUCCAAGGACUUCCUGCACCCUGGGGUACCACUCCAGCUCCAAGGACUUCACGCUGCUGUCGGUCUCUCACACAAUUGUUUAUCAGCCCCUCCAUCGCUUCCCCACUGAGACAGUCCCUCUGAUGGUGCAAAGACUAGAGGCCUACUUCUACUGUCUGACUGGGUACCAUCUGCAGGGAACCAACACACUGACCUGUCUCAACGCCAGCACCCCCUACUGGAGCGGCACAGAGCCGCAGUGCCRUGCUGCUUGUGGUGGCAUUGUCCGGAAUGCCACGGUUGGACGCAUUGUGUCACCCGGUUUCCCUAGCAACUACAGCAACAACCUGACAUGCCAUUGGCUGCUGGAGGCCCCAGAGGGACAGCGAGUGCACGUCCACUUUGAGAAGGUGGCCCUGGCAGAGGACGAUGACAGGCUUCUGAUCAAAAAUGGGAAGAACAUUGACUCUCCUCCGAUGUAUGACUCAUAUGAGGUGGAGUACCUGCCCAACGAGGGCCUGGUGAGCACCUCCAGACCCCUCUUCAUAGAGCUCACCACUGACGGAACAGGCACCUCCACCGGCAUCGCCAUCAGAUACCAAGCGUUUGCAGUGGGCCACUGCUACGAGCCGUUCGUCAAGUACGGUAACUUCACCAGUAAUGACAGCACGUGGGCAGUGGGGACGGUGGUAGAGUUCACCUGUGACCCUGGCUACACCCUGGAGCAGGGCUCUGUCAUCAUUGAGUGCAUGGACCACAACAACCCCCAGUGGAACGAGACUGAGCCCGCCUGCAGAGCUGUUUGCAGUGGAGAGAUGACUGACUCUGCUGGAGUGGUCCUGUCUCCUAACUGGCCAGAGGCCUACGAUAGCGGCCAGGACUGCAUCUGGGGGAUUCACGUGGAGGAAGACAGGAGGAUCAUGCUAGACAUCCAAGUCCUCAACAUAGGGAAGAACGAUCUGCUGACGUUCUAUGAUGGAGAUGACCUGACUGCUACGGUGCUGGGCCAGUACGGCGGCUCACGGCCACACUUCAAACUCUACACCUCCAUGGCCGACGUCACCAUUCAGUUCCAGUCUGACCCGGCCACCAACAUCUACGGCUACGGCAACGGCUUUGUGGUGCACUUCUUCGAGGUGCCUCGUAACGACACGUGUCCAGAGCUCCCAGAGAUCACCAACGGCUGGAAGAGCACCUCCCACCCUGAGCUGGUCCAUGGCACUGUGGUCACCUACCAGUGCUACCCAGGUUUCCAGCUGGUGGGUACAGAACUGCUCAUGUGCCAGUGGGACCUGACCUGGAGUGGAGACCUGCCCAGCUGUGAGAGAGUGCUGUCGUGUGCCGACCCAGGUACUGUGGAGCACAGUCGCAGGGUGAUGUCCAGCCCGCGUUUCACAGUAGGCUCCACCAUCCAAUACAUCUGUAACAAGGGCUACACUCUCUCUGGAAACAGCCUGCUCUCCUGCUACAACCAUGGCUCCUCCGGACCUAAAUGGAGCGAGAGGCUACCCAAAUGUGGCUCGGUGACCUAUGAGCCUUGCAGGAACCCUGGUACCCCGUCUUACAGCACCCAGAUCUCAGAGAAGCCUCUCUACCAGGCCGGGGAGACGCUGAGCUUCUCCUGCCUCAGAGGCCAUGAGCUGCUGGGGGAGCCUGUCCUCCGCUGUGUCCCUGGACACCCUUCACAGUGGAGCAGCCUACCCCCUGUCUGCGGAGCCUCCUCGAUGGAGUUUAUAAAUGAACGCAGGUUAGACGCUGCCAGUGCAGACUACAUCAUGGAGCGAGCCAACAUAGCUCUAACAGUCUUUAUACCAGUGGCCCUCAUCAUGGUCUUCAUCAUUGGGAUCUACCUCUACUUCUCUAAGGUUCAGGGGAAGCCUCUGUGUCUUCCCAUGUCCACCUCCUUACCAUAUGACCACAUCCCAGGAGAGUCCACCUUCGACAACUCCCUCUACAAAACAGAGACUACGAAUAACGAGGACACACGAGAGUAUGAGGUUUCCAUCUAGAGGCACAACUACGUGUUUCAGCAUUGACAGGUCUGGUCUCAAGAUGGUUUGCCUUGUGGAAGUUUGUCUGCACUCCUCAGACC